AUGGCCUUUCAGGCGGAGGAGGAUCUGACGUGUCCGAUCUGCCAGGAAAUAUUCACGGAGCCACUGGUUCUGUCGUGCAGCCACAGCUUCUGCAGGGAGUGCCUGUUCACCUGGUGGACCGGGAAACCCGUGCAGGAAUGUCCCGUGUGCAAAAGGAGGUCGUCGCGGAGCGAGCCGCCGCGGAACCUGGCCCUGAAGAACCUGUGCGAGGCCCUGGUUCUGGAGCGGCAGCGCAGCGCGGCCGCGGGGGAGCGGCUCUGCGCUCUGCACGGCGAGAAGCUCCAGCUCUUCUGCCUGGAGCACCAGCAGCCCGCGUGCCUGGUCUGCAGGGACUCCAGGACGCACCUGCAGCACACGUUCAGACCCGUGCACGAGUUUGCGCAGGAGCACAGGACGAGGCUGCACGGCGCCCUGAGGCCUCUGAGGGAGAAGCUGCAGCUCCUGGAGCAGCUUAAAGGCAACGCCAGUCAAACAGCAGAGCACGUCAAGGUCCAGGCGACGCGCGCAGAGGCGGCGAUCAGGGACCAGUUCAGGAGGUUCCAUGAGUUUCUGCAGGAGGAGGAGGAGGCGAGGAUCGCUGCGCUGAGGGAGGAAGAGGAGCAGAAGAGUCUGGUGAUGAAGGAGCAGAUCGAGGCUCUGAACAGGGAGAUAUCAGCCCUGUCGGACACAAUCAGAGCCACGGAGGAGGAGCUGAGGGAGGACGACCUCGUCCUGCUGCAGAGCUGCAAAGCUGCAGGGAAACGAGCCCAGCAGCGCCCCCCGCUGGCGGAACACGAGCCGCUCAUAGGCGCUCUGGUGGACGUGGCCAAGCACGUGGGCAACCUGACCUUCAGGGUCUGGAACAAGAUGAAGACUCUGGUCUCCUACUUCCCCGUGGUUCUGGAUCCAAACACCGCCAACCCGGAGUUCGUGCUGUCGGAGGAUCUCACCGUCAUGCGUCACGGAGAGAGACAGAAGCUCCCCGAGAACCCGGAGCGGAUCGACUACCACCGCUCCGUCCGCGGAUGGGAGGCCCUCGCCGCGGGGACGCACAGCUGGGACGUGGAGGUGGGACACAACGCAGCCUGGUUCGUCGGCGUCGCGGCGGAGUCCGUCCAGAAGAAGGGACGCGUCAAGUCCGGGUUCUGGCAGGUCGAGUUCUUCAAUGGCAAAUACUGCGCGCGCUGGUUGGGAGACGCCCCCGCUGCGCUGCGCGUGAAGAAGCGGCUGCAGCGCAUCAGGGUGCACAUGGACUGGAGCCGAGGGAGGCUGUCGUUCUCCGACCCCGACAGCGGCACGCACGUGCACACCUUCACGCACGCCUUCACCGAGAAGCUCUUCCCGUGUUUGGGGACGUUGGAUGAGCAGCCCCUGAGAAUACUGCAAGGCAAGAUCUCUGUGACGAGAGAGAGCUCGUAGAAGAGGCUUCAGCGUCCGGAGGUUGAGCGCGUCACCGCGUUCGUAUUCGCAAUAACAUUUUAUUGGAGCUCAUUUCUGCAUUUCAUGCUUCUGUUUAAACUUUACCUCCACUUCUGUCCUUCAUCAGCCAAUUACUGGGUCUCUGAGGGUCAGUGAAAACAGCUGGACUCGAUCAUAAACACGUGAUAAAAGCUGAGGUGUGAACAGUAAAUACCACUGGACGCCUUUAAACCAUAAACACGAGCGUAAGAACAAGAUGUGUGGUUUCUCCUUAAAAUAGAUGUUUUGGGACCUUCACUGAGCGCUUCUUUACGUCACAGAGCAGCUGCAGGUUUUGUUGCCGUCCUUUCGUCUGCAGGGACUUUGUUUAAAGACACUGGAGCCUCUAAUGGAACAGAAAUCCUCAUAAUGUCAGUUUGAUCAUAGAGAAUUCUUCCUCCUGAGACUCUAAAAGCACUGAGUGCUCGUCAAAUCACUGUAAGAUCGAUGGAUUUUAAUAAAUAAUUACUUGAAAUCUUG